UCCACGCGGCAACGAAGGUCUGGCAGCAGCAAAAUUCAACCCUUGCCUUACUUAGUGGUCUCUCUGUGUCAAGAUGAAGACAUCGUUUUUGAGUGUAUUUUGGCUGCUUGCCUGGCUUUUAUUUCAACCUUCAGUAAUAGUGGAUAGUGCAACAGUGAUGGAUGCACGUGGCUAUAUUGAAAAGGUUGCUAGAAGACUGGUCGAAAUACUGGAGACCAGAUACAUCACCGGAACGGCACUACCAGUAGAUGAUUAUGUUGCCCCAAUUAACAUUUCCGAUAAAGGAAUACGGAUCGAUGGUGAGGUUUCGUUUCACUCUGCGUUUGUCGCCAAAAUCGAUUCCAUGACACUGGACAUGCAGCGUUACACAGAAACCCUGCUCGACACCGAAAUGUCCGUACAGGCCUCCAUCAAGUGGCACGACAUCGGCAUCGUGCUUGAUUUCGAUGCCAAUUUAGUCGACUAUAAAGGACCAGGUACGCUGUUGGUCACCUACAAUCAGUUCGAUUUUCCACUCAAGAUUAUUAAGCGCUUCAACGAGACGGAACCGGAAGGAUCACUUUACUUUAUGUCCAUCGAUAACUCGAACAAUAUUGUAACCAUCGGUCAUCCGAAUAAUAAGCACGUACAGAUGAUUGCGCGAGGGAUUAAAACAAGCUUCGAUUAUCGUGACAAGAUGAUUGAGUCAUUCAGGAAUUGGAAUUUUGAAAAUCUAGUUGCGCUAGUCAUCCGAGAAAUACCGUUCCCGGAAAUAUGCUACAACUGCUAACAUCGCAAUAUGCUGUACCUAUACCUUGGCGCGAUGUCAGGCGAUUAUCGCGGAUUAAACAGACGUACACUGAUUAAAUAAACCAGAAACAUUCGAAGGUCGAUCAGCAAA